AUGCAUAACCCAAUUGCACUACAAUACUAUAAAGGAAAGACGCUUGUUUUGGAUUUGGAUGAAACACUGGUACACUCUGUUCGACUUGGAACGACCGAAAAUAACAUCAGCCCGUCCAUCAAAAAGACAACAAUUGAAGUAACCAGUGAUAAACAAAGUAUAUUAUACGAGGUGUAUAAAAGGCCUCAUGUGGAUUUCUUUCUCUCCACUAUAAGUAAAUGGUACCGAGUUGUUAUCUUUACAGCAUCCAUGUCAGAGUACGCAGAUCCAGUGAUUGACUGGUUAGAUCAGGAUCAGACGGUGAUCAGUCAACGUUAUUUUCGACAAUCAUGCUUAUUACGGAAUGGAAACUUUCUUAAGGACAUCACAAUAGCUGAAUCUGACUUAUCCAAGGUAUGUUUAAUAGACAAUAGUCCUGCAGCGUAUGAAUUAUGUCAAGACAAUGCAAUUCCUUUACCUACGUGGAUAUCCAAUCCCAAAGAUGAUUGUUUACUCGAUUUAUUACCACUUUUAGACGCACUUCGUUUUACUGCUGAUGUUCGGAGCAUUUUAAGUUUAAGAGAUUCAGAUCAUGUUUGUUAG